AGCAGAGGGGUCGCACCGAUGUACAGAUCAGCAGAGGGGCUACCCACCAGAAAUGGCCGCUCUAUCUUUCUCUCUCUCUCUCUCUAUUUUUAUAUGUUCUCUCCCUCUCUCGAGCUAUCACAUGUUUCACCUCCGCUUAUUUUGUACCCAUCCCAGACCAGGUAAGGAGGGAGCCAUGAAACCCAACCCCGCUUUGUCAGGUAGCUGAAAAAAAUGCCGGUAAUAUUAGAAGAGGAGAGGAAGAGGAGAGAGAGAGAGAAGUAUAACGCUUAAAAAUAACCAGGUGUAUCAAUAUGCUGACGCUCUUCUGACAUGACAGUUUUCAGUAUAGGAGCAUGGAAUUCGCAGUUGAAUUUCAGGGUAUGUAGUUGAUCGAGUUGUUUUAGGGUUCUGGGGGAAAUAAAGAGGUUUUUGGGGUUUUCCCUAGUGGAGAGUGUAGCGAAUUUUGGGGGGUCAAUUGAGAGAGAAUUUCAGGGGCUUUUGAGAGAAAAACGGAGCUGUUUUGGUUUUGAGCCAGAUUCUGUAGAAAUCAGGUGUUAUUUUGAGCUAACCUGUAAAUUUUUAGGGCAUAGAAAUGUCGGAGUUUUUUAAUUGAUUUUGAUCAGAUAGAAGGAGAUAGAGAGAUCUGUAAAGUAGUGGGAAUUUGAAUGCAGAACUUUUGAGAAUUUCGAAUGAAAAAUUGUGGAUGAUCAAAGACAUAACGGUUUUGAGUUGAAAUCCAGCUGUUCCUCAUGGAAAGGGGGAGUUGGAGGGUGACACGUGGGCUUUAAGGUGCAGGUGUUAUAACGGGAGCGCGCCAAGGGUUAAAGACUUUGUUAUUUAGUUCGAGUAUUAAUUUAUUUGUUUAGGGCUUUGUCUGGACCUAUCUAGCCAGCUUGCUGUACCAGUAUCUGUCUGGUUCCAAGCCUUAGGUCUCACAGAAACUUAGUAACGAGAACUUUAUAGCCUGAUCUCGAUCCAGAGCCAUUGAAGUACAGAGGAGGAGUUUCUCUGUUACUCUCAUAGGCAAGGACAAUAUUUUUUGUGAAUUCGAGGCUUAAUUAUAGUUCAAGAGAAUGAGAGGAGCUGUGCUUGUGGCUAUAGCCGCCUCUAUUGGCAAUCUUCUGCAAGGUUGGGAUAAUGCUACAAUUGCAGCGGCUGUACUUUACAUCAAAGAAGAAUUUGAUUUGGACAAUGAACCGACUCUUGAAGGCCUAAUUGUGGCCAUGUCACUCAUUGGAGCAACAAUUAUCACCACAUGUUCUGGACCGAUAUCAGAUUGGAUUGGUCGGCGCCCAAUGCUUAUUUUUUCUUCGAUUCUUUACUUUGUAAGUGCUUUGAUAAUGUUCUGGUCUCCAAAUGUUUAUGUCCUGCUCUUGGCAAGGCUCUUGGAUGGUUUUGGGAUUGGUUUGGCUGUCACCCUUGUUCCUGUUUACAUAUCCGAGACAGCGCCCGCAGAAAUACGAGGGCUCUUGAAUACACUUCCUCAAUUCAGUGGGUCAGGGGGGAUGUUCGUUACAUAUUGCAUGGUCUUUGGGAUGUCGUUGAUGGCCAACCCCAGUUGGAGGGUGAUGCUUGGGGUCCUAUUUAUUCCUUCUCUGUUUUAUUUUGCCCUGACUUUAUUUUACUUGCCUGAGUCUCCAAGGUGGCUUGUGAGUAAAGGGCGGAUGCUUGAGGCUAAGCAGGUCUUGCAAAGGCUCCGAGGAAGGGAAGAUGUAUCAGGAGAAAUGGCCCUAUUAGUUGAGGGGCUGGGGGUGGGAGGUGAGACCUCGAUUGAAGAGUACAUAAUCGGCCCUGGCACCGACCUCGAUGAUGACCGCGACCCUGCUGCUACCAAGGGUCAAAUCAAGCUCUACGGCCCCGAGCAAGGCCUCUCAUGGGUCGCCCAACCCAUUGCUGCAGGCCAAAGCACCCUUGGUCUGACGUCACGGCGAGGGAGCAUGGAAAUCCAAUCAAGUGUUCCUCUAAUGGAUCCUCUCGUUACCCUCUUUGGAAGCAUUCAUGAAAAGAUGCCACCUCCUGAGUCAGGAGGAAGCAUGCGAAGCAUGCUCUUCCCCAACUUCGGAAGCAUGUUUAGCGUAGCCGAGCAGGCACCUCCAAAGCAGGACCAUUGGGAUGAGGAAAGCCAAAGAGACAACGAAGACUAUGAUGCCUCUGAUGCAGAUGCAGGUGGGGGUGACUCAGAUGAUAACUUGCAAAGCCCAUUGCUCUCGAGGCAGACGACUAGCAUGGAGGGCAAAGACAUGGUCCAUGGGAGUGUGUUAAGCAUGAGGCGCCAUAGCAGUCUAAUGCAAGGCGGUCAUGAGUCGAUGGGCAUAGGAGGGGGUUGGCAAUUGGCUUGGAAGUGGUCAGAGAGAGAGAGAGAGGACGGCACAAAGGAAGGGGGCUUUAAGAGGAUAUAUUUGCAUGAAGAAGGGGUGCCUGGUUCAAGGAGGGGGUCAAUUGUUUCAUUGCCUGGUGGAGGGGAUGUAGGUGAAGGGGCUGAGUAUGUGCAUGCGGCUGCUUUAGUUAGUCAGCCUGCACUGUACUCGAAGGAGCUCAUGGCACAGGAUCCUGUGGGGCCCGCUAUGGUGCACCCAUCUGAGACUGCGAGCAAGGGACCCAGGUGGGCUGAUCUCUUGGAAGGGGGUGUGAAGCAGGCUUUGUUUGUUGGUAUUGGGAUCCAGAUACUUCAGCAGUUUGCUGGUAUAAAUGGGGUGCUCUAUUACACACCUCAGAUCCUUGAGAAAGCAGGUGCCGAGGUCCUCUUCUCCAGUUUGGGCAUUGGGUCUGACUCUGCCUCUCUACUCAUCAGUGCUUGCACCACCUUUUUGAUGCUUCCUUGUAUUGGCGUUGCCAUGAGGCUCAUGGAUAUCUCUGGACGAAGGACAUUGUUAUUGACGACGAUACCUGUGCUGGUGGUCUCACUCUUGGUGCUUGUAGUAAGUGACUCCUUCUUAGAUGAAGGUGUAGCACAAGCCGCCAUCUCAUGUCUUGGUGUUGUGGUCUACUUUUGCUUCUUUGUUAUGGGCUUUGGCCCCAUCCCCAAUAUCCUAUGCUCUGAAAUCUUCCCAACCCGAGUUCGAGGACUUUGUAUUGCCAUUUGUGCCCUAACCUUUUGGAUUGGAGACAUUAUCGUAACGUACACUCUCCCUUCGUUGCUCACUGCUAUUGGCCUCUCAGGUGUUUUCGGGAUUUACGCGGUGGUUUGCGUUAUAUCAUGGAUCUUUGUAUUCUUGAAGGUGCCAGAGACCAAGGGGAUGCCCCUUGAGGUUAUCACUGAGUUCUUUGCAGUAGGGGCAGCAGCAAAGAAGGCUGCCGGAAAUUGAUUUUUUUCCGGAUCACAUAUUUAAGAGGUCGCUUAUUCUCUCUACAUAUAUAUGCUCCUCAUCUCUCUCUCUCUCUAUCUCUCUAUCUCUCAGAACCCUAUUCUUUUCUCUCAAUCUGCAUAUGCACCCCAUCUCUUAUUUCUCUCAAUCUCUCUCUUGAUGAAGCAUGUUCUUUUGGGAUUUUCCUAAUGGGUUCGUGGGCCCCAUUUAAGGUUUUCCGGCUGUUUGGUGGCGUUGAAAUAUGGUGGUGCUGGUGGGUUUGGAUUUGAUGUUGGGUUGGGCAUUGUAGUCUUUGGGUUGGUGGAAAUGUGUUUUUUUUCUUUCUUGAAGGUGUUUGACGCAGGUAGAUGUGGUAUUUCCCCCAUUAAUUUGUUCUGUUUCAAUUAAAUUUGAAUUUUCAAAUGCUUUAGUUAUGUAGCCAUUAGAUAUGAGAGUUUGCUGAGGAACAACAGAGAUGAUAAAGUAACCUCACAGAAUUGCUAAGGCUUUUCAUCUUUUUUA